GAGGACUACACUACACUCCAAACACUCCAUCUGCUAUCUGUUCGAUCUUCUCAUCACCAUAAGAAUGUGAUCACUUUUUGCAUUCACCACACCAAUCAAGAUAUUUCCAUACAAAAGAUCAUUGUCUUCCUCUCUUCUUCACCUUGACUCAGCAGAGGAAGGAAGGAGUGGCUUCUGUUUAUGUUUUGUUUCAUUUUUGUUCUAUCUGUGUUUGAUUCAACAAUAAGAAAUGGUGAUUUCGGGGAAAAAGUCCUUGAGUGCAGUGACUUUGAUCUUUAAGUUACCUUAUUAUACUCAGUGGGGGCAGAGCUUGCUCAUUUCUGGCUCUGAGCCAGUUCUUGGUAAUUGGAAUGUGAAAAAGGGGCUGGCUCUGAGUCCAAUUCAUCAGGGUGACGAGCUUGUUUGGUGUGGAAAGAUUGCUGUUGCAAAUGGGUUCAAAUGUGAGUAUAGUUACUAUUUGGUUGAUGAUAAUAGAAACAUCUUGAGAUGGGAGGUUGGGAAAAAGCGGAAAUUUGAACUUCCUGAAGGUGUUGAAGUGGGAGAGUUAGUGGAAAUUCAUGAUCUUUGGAAGACAGCUUCUGAAGAUCUCUUCCUUAGAAGUGCGUUCCGAACUGUCAUUUUUGGUGCUGGCAAAGAUUUGGAACCAGGAGUAUCUUCUUUUGUUUCUCAGAAGAAUACUGAUCAGCAAGGUUCUGUUCUUGUCCAAUUCACCAUUAACUGCCCAAUAUUGGAAGAUGGGACAUCUGUUUAUGUGACAGGCAGUACAUCUGAACUAGGGCAGUGGAGAAAUCAAGAUGGAUUAAAACUGUUCCAUGUGGGAGACUCUAUUUGGAAAGCAGAAUGUGUGAUUCGAAAGACUGAGUUCCCAAUAAAAUAUAAAUACUGUAAGAAUGAUAAAGUGCGAGGUUUUUCUCUGGAAGUUGGUCCCAUGAGGGAGCUAGCGAUUGAUUUCACAUCACAGAGUCCACCAAAUCAUCUCAUCCUGUCUGAUGGUUCAUUUCGGGAAUUGCCGUGGAGGGGUUCUGGUGUGGCUAUUCCAAUGUUCUCUGUUAGGUCCGAGGAUGAUCUUGGAGUUGGAGAGUUCCUUGAUCUAAAGUUACUUGUUGACUUGGCUGUCAAGUCAGGUUUUCAUCUAGUUCAGCUUUUGCCAGUCAAUGAUACAUCGGUUCAUGGGAUGUGGUGGGAUUCAUAUCCCUACAGCUCUCUCUCAGUAUUUGCCUUGCAUCCAUUGUAUUUGAGAGUGCAAGCACUUUCAACCAAUCUCCCAGAAGAAAUUAAGAAAGAAAUUUUGAGUGAAAAAGAUCGGCUUGACAGAAAGGAUGUUGAUUAUGAGGCUACAAUGGCUGCAAAAUUAUCAAUUGCAAAGAAAAUUUUCAAUCAGGAGAAGGAUAAAAUACUUGAUUCUAGUUCCUUCCUUCAAUUCUUUUCGGAGAAUGAGCUUUGGUUGAAACCUUAUGCAGCUUUCUGUUUUCUAAGAGACUUCUUUGAAACAUCAGACCACACACAAUGGGGCCGCUUUUCAGUGUUCUCAAAAGAAAAGCUCGAGAAGCUUGUUUCAAAGGACAGUCUGCAUUAUGGAAAUAUAUGUUUCCACUAUUACAUUCAAUACCACCUACAUCUACAGCUGUCAGAGGCAGCAACUUAUGCAAGGAAGAACAGAGUAGUAUUGAAAGGGGAUUUGCCAAUAGGUGUUGAUCGGAAUAGUGUAGAUACUUGGGUAUACCCUAAUUUGUUUCGCAUGAACACAUCUACCGGAGCACCACCAGAUUAUUUUGAUAAGAAUGGACAAAAUUGGGGGUUCCCAACAUAUAACUGGGAGGAGAUGUCAAAAGAUAACUAUGCAUGGUGGCGAGCUCGUUUAACACAGAUGUCAAAAUAUUUCAGUGCUUACAGAAUAGAUCAUAUUUUGGGUUUCUUUAGAAUCUGGGAACUCCCUGAUCAUGCUCUUACUGGUCUAGUAGGAAAAUUCCGUCCUUCCAUUCCCCUCAGUCAGGAUGAGCUUGAGAUGGAGGGUUUAUGGGACUUUAAUCGCUUGAGCCGUCCAUAUCUCCGGCAAGAAAUUUUGCAGGAAAAAUUUGGAUCCCUUUGGACUGUUAUUGCUUCCACCUUCUUGAAUGAAUAUCAAAAACUCUGCUAUGAGUUCAGGGAGGAUUGCAACACAGAGAAAAAGAUAGUCGAGAAACUAAAGACAAGUCCAGAAAAGCCAUUAUGGACUGAGAAAGAAGAAAAGAUCCGAAAAGAUCUCUUUGAUCUUCUUCAGAAUAUUAUUCUUAUCAGAGAUCCUGAAGAUGCUAGGAAAUUUUAUCCUCGCUUUAACUUGGAAGAUACAUCAAGUUUCAAAGAUUUAGACGAACACAGUAAAAAUGUUCUCAAAAGAUUGUACUAUGACUACUAUUUCUGUCGGCAAGAAAAUCUUUGGCGUCAAAAUGCAUUGAAGACUCUUCCUGUUCUCUUGAACUCAUCAGAUAUGUUGGCUUGCGGAGAAGAUCUUGGACUCAUUCCUGCUUGCGUGCAUCCUGUCAUGCAAGAGCUUGGGUUGAUUGGCUUGCGCAUUCAAAGAAUGCCUAGUGAGCCUGAUCUAGAGUUUGGUAUUCCUUCUCAGUAUAGCUAUAUGACGGUUUGUGCACCGUCAUGUCAUGAUUGUUCCACCAUGCGCGCAUGGUGGGAGGAAGAUGAGGAGAGAAGAUGGCGAUACUAUAAGAACGUCAUCGGCUCCGAUGAAGUACCACCCUCUCAUUGCGACCCUGAUAUAGCACACUUCAUUCUUCAGCAGCAUUUCGAAGCUCCAUCAAUGUGGGCAAUAUUUCCGUUACAGGACUUGCUCGCACUUAAAGGAGAAUAUACAACUCAUCCAGCAGCGGAGGAGACGAUCAAUGACCCUACAAAUCCGAAACACUAUUGGCGAUACCGUGUACAUGUGACAGUGGAGUCCUUGUUGAGCGAUGAAGAUCUAAUGAUGGCCAUUAAAGAUCUUGUUACAAGUAGCGGACGGUCAUUUCCGAUGAUCGAAGGGGUUAGCACAUCCGACAACAGCAAAUUAACUUCAAAAUUUCCUCUCAAUGGCACUGAAGUGAAAGAAAACACGACGGUUGCUUGAUUCAUCUUUUAGCUGCUCUCAGCUUACUGAAAGCUGAGUGAAACUAAUAAUAUGGCGGAAUGUGUUCGAUAUGAAUAAAUCUUAUUGUAUAAAUGCUCGAUGCUCGAGCACUUCUUUUCUUGUGAUGGAAUCUAGCACUUCUUAUGUUCUUAACUUUAUUGAUAAGAAGUGAUGAGAUUGUUUCCUUGCAUUCAUUGUGAUGAUUAA